GCUAUAAUGACCGCCUCCGCCACCAACCCGCCGCUCUCAGACCUGCAGACCCUGCGCAACCACAUAGACACGCUCGCGAACCUGAACAGUCGACUGCAAACUCUGCGGCACUUCCCUGCGCUGCUGAUGCGACCUCCCGCCACUGCAUCACACAUGCUACCGCCGACCUCGGUCCUGGAGUACGAGUUCAAGGAGCUGAAGGAGAUCGCGCAGUCCGUCCGAUCCGAGCAGGUGCAGGACGCACUCAAGGCUGCACGCAAGAGCGAGGCGGCGGAACCCAAACUGGUAGGACUCGACGUCCGCAGGGAAAAUCUGAAACGAAGACGUCCGCCAUCGCCUGACUCGCCGCAGCCAUACCGCGCGACAGGGCCGAAAAGCAACGCGUUCCUCCCGGAAGGCGAGGAGGGCACGGUGCCCGUGGGCUUGGACGGCCUGCCUGCGUACAUCCGCGCGCACAACCAGACCGGCCGCAGCAAAUUGCACGUCAUCGCGCCCAAGAAAGGCCGGCCGCUGUCCUGCCCAGUCGUGCUACGUUUUGUCAUUCCGGACGUGGUCGCGAUCUACCUCACGCUAGAGCGGUCCGCCACAGAGGAACAGGCACUCGUGGUCGAGAGCGCGACGGCAUUUGGUCCCCGCGAGCAGAAGGCAACACAUUCGCAGUCCGAUUACACCGUGUAUCGGCAGCUCUCCCAACAGCUCGCGCGAGUGCUGCAGUCUGAGCCCUGGGCACCGUUACAAGCGAUCGUGAGCUUGCUAUGUGCGUAUGAGAACUUGUUCAGCGAGCCAUGCGUUGUGUGUGGACGCGUGCUCUCCGUGGAGAUGCACACGCCACCUUCCGUGCGCGUGCGGAAAGAGCCUGGGGAGGACUCUCCCUCGGAGUGGGGCGCGUACCAUGUUGCGUGCAAAUGGCGGUAGCCUAGUUCCUGGGCAAGAGACUGCCGUCGACGGCCAUCGGGUACUAUCCGGUACGUCGUAUCUGACAUUCUGGGGUCUAGAUGGAUGCUAUCAUCUACGGCUUAGGGGCACGAUCGAUAUGACUUUAUUGUCAAGUGCCACCCCUCUCUCCG